GCAACGGCCGGGCCGGGCCGGGGCCGAGCGGCCGCGCUGGGCAGCGGCGCCCGCCGGGAAUGGGGCCCGCGCCGGGGCCCCCCCGACACGAUGCUGCUCGGCAGGAAGCCGGACGGGCCUCUCGCAGCGGCCAGGAUUGGAGAUGGAUUAUACGAUUCCUAUAUGAGGAUAGAUGAGUGUAGAUACCCAGAGCCUACAAAUGAAGAACGGAGCCCCUCGGGACUUCCUUCCCUUUCAAGACCUCAUGUUUCUAUCAACAAAUUUAUAAUGAAGGAUCACCCUCUGGCUGCAAAUCAGGUCAAAGUGGAGCAGUUAUUUGAGGACUCUGGCAACAGAAGGAGCAGCACUCUUCACUCUGCAGGCCUUACUCCAGAAAGAUCUCUGCCUUCCCUGACAAAAGAGAAAACCCUAGAGAGCCUGGGUGCUAGAGGCAAUGGAAGCUCCUUGAAAUCACAUAAAGCUGUUUCCCAGGCUCCAGAGGAAGCUGUCAAACAGUUCAAACAUCUGCUAUCAGCUUAUGAGCAGCAGGAGAUCUUCAGUUUCUCCGAGAUUUACUUUGUGGGGCCGUCUGCCAAAAAGAGGCAGGGGGUGAUCGGCGGCCCCAACAACGGCGGCUACGACGACGACCAAGGCAGCUACAUCCACGUGCCCCACGACCACCUGGCUUACAGGUAUGAGGUGCUCAAAAUCAUUGGCAAGGGCAGUUUUGGACAAGUUGCUAAAGUCUAUGAUCACAAACUCCACCAACACCUGGCCUUAAAGAUGGUUCGCAACGAGAAGAGGUUCCAUCGCCAAGCUGCUGAGGAGAUCAGGAUCCUGGAGCACCUGAAGAAGCAGGAUAAAACAGGCAGCAUGAAUGUGAUCCACAUGCUGGAAAGCUUCACCUUUCGGAAUCACAUCUGCAUGACCUUUGAACUUUUGAGUAUGAACCUGUAUGAGCUAAUUAAAAGGAAUAAAUUUCAGGGUUUCAGCCUCCAGCUGGUUCGGAAGUUCGCUCACUCCAUCCUGCAGUGUUUGGAUGCCCUUUAUAGAAACAAAAUCAUCCACUGUGACUUGAAGCCAGAAAAUAUCCUCCUAAAACAACAAGGGAGGAGUGGAAUCAAGGUUAUAGAUUUUGGGUCCAGCUGUUUUGAGCACCAAAGAGUCUACACCUACAUCCAGUCCCGGUUUUAUCGGGCGCCAGAGGUGAUCCUGGGGAGCCGCUAUGGGAUGCCCAUAGACAUGUGGAGUUUUGGCUGUAUUCUGGUGGAGCUUUUGACUGGCUACCCUCUUUUCCCUGGAGAGGACGAGGCAGACCAACUGGCCUGUAUCAUGGAGCUUCUUGGAAUGCCGCCUCAGAAGCUUUUGGAUCAAUCCAAACGAGCCAAGAACUUCAUCAACUCCAAGGGUCACCCCCGUUACUGCACGGUGCUGACGCAGCCGGACGGGAAGGUGACCCUGAGCGGGAGCCGCUCGCGCCGGGGCAAGGUCCGGGGUGCCCCAGGGAACAAGGACUGGGUGACAGCUCUGAAGGGCUGUGAUGACCCCUUGUUCACUGGUUUCCUGAAGGACUGCCUCAGCUGGGAUCCUUCCACACGCAUGAUUCCCAGCCAGGCCCUGCGGCACCCCUGGAUCUGCAAACGGGUGCCCAAAGCAGCCGGCUUGGAGAAAAGCUCCGGCAGGAGGAUUUCCAGCUAUUCAGGUUCCUUCCAAGGAAUUGCUAACAAGUUGCCUCCUGUGGCUGCAGUCCCCAGCAAGCUGAGGGCCAGUCUGGCCGCUGAGCCCAGUGGCAGCAUCCCUCUGUGUACUGUGCUCCCCAAACUGGUCAGCUAGUGGGGAGCGGUGGGUUGCCAGGAUACACCCCGUGUGUGUUCACUGUCUGUUCAUGCCGUGGGAGGAAAUUAAAUGAGAGGGUUUUGAUGGAUUUACUUUGUGUUAGGGGCUCAGUCUGGAAUAUUGGAAGAUCAGUCAGAAAUGUGCACAUUAAAGGGCUGAUUUUAUCCAGUUGCUUCACUCACACCUGGUGCAUACCCCACUCAGCUGGGGAGUACAGAGACAGUUUGGCCGAUGUGCUGUUUAAAAAUGCUGGUUUAGAAACCAUUUAUCAUGGUUCAACAGGUUCUUUUGCUUAAGGCAGGAAAGGAACUUGAUUUAAACUUCAUGUUUUCAGUUGUCUCCAGCUGAACUCUUUCUGUUCCAGGGGAAAGUUUUUAAAUCUCUUGUCAAAAGCACAAAUGCAUUAAUGUAAUGCAUUAGGAACUUGCAAAUUGCUUAAGUUUGAAGAAUUUUAUUUCUCUGCAUUGCUUUUCCCUUAUCUAUCCUGGGGUUUUAAAAACUGUGAUGGGAUGUAGACACCAAAGGAAUUUGUCAUUGGAAAAGGAAGUACUCUGAUGAUGAAAUUUGAAAGCAGCCAUGAAAAAAUGAAAUGCCAUGAAACACAGGGUAUGUCUAAAUAAAACUAAUAAUUUCUGUAACACUUGCUAUUUCCCCCUAAAAAUCUAUGGAAAGCUUGUAGGAGAAUUUGGGAUCAGGUCUGGUCCAUCACAAGUGUGGGCCAGUUUGUUCAGGUAAUGAUUGAAUUAUCUGUUUCUUUGGAGCUCAGAUUUCCAUCAUCAGUUCUGCCAGGUGUGUGUCUUUGCUUUUCCUGUGUUUCUAAAACAAAAAUGUUGAACUUCAAGAGCUGGUUUAUAUCCAUGUUUGAGAUUCUGAUAAUUGCAAAAAAUUAUCUCUUUGUGUAGAGUGAAUUCCACUGAAUUACAUGAAGCUCUUUUAAUAAAAAUGCAAACAUGCCA